GUUGAGGGAAAUGGCUAACCAGCGCAGUGAGUGCGAUGAGGGCAUGGCCGUUCGUCGUCGCAUCCACGUGUGCUGCGGAUCCCAGACGCCCGGCGCGCGUCUAUGAGAACCGGAUGUGCAUGCGAGGGUCCCAGUGCCAAUACCCUUCGUGCACGUACUUCGCCACGCUGCUCUCGUCGUUCCGCGAGGCGUCUCUCCCCGCGCUGCACAUCCGCUGGCAACCCGCGCUCUUCGCCCUGCUCCUCCCGCACCUGCUGCCAGGCCUGCUCCCCCCCUCCCUCUCCGCACCACAUAUCCCGGGCCUGCUCGCGAGCGCUGUGUACUUUGGAGUGCCGGCAGCAGUGCGCGCAGCCAACCAGUGGGCGCACCGCUGCUGCAGCGCAGGGGGGAGGGGGGAGGGUGGCACAAAAGGAGAGAGGGCAGGCGUGGGUAGUUGUACCUGGGUUUGCUUCCCUCCCCCUGUAUCUGACGUCCAAUGGCUCACUGCCACGUGGAAUGCAGCAUGUGAUGCAGGUGCGUGCUGUGUGCAGCACUUGUGUGCGGUCGUCACAGCCGUUGAGCUGCCGCACUUGGCGCAUCACCAGCGCCACGGCGUGCCGCUGCUGCCGCGGUCGCUGCUGCUGGCGGCGCUGUCCACCCAUCGGGCGCUGCUCAACGUGCCAAGCGAGCAGUGGCUGUGCGAGGUGCUGCUGUGGUGGGCGCUGGGCCAGCAGGCAGAGGGGGGGCUGGCAAGCACAGGCGAAGGUGGGGCACAGGAGGGACGCUUGCUCCAGGGAGAAGCGGAGAGAGAAGGGAGCGGAGCAGAGGGGGGCGAGGAGGAGGAGGAUAGAAGCGAGUUGUAUUGCGAUGGCUAUGUGUACAUGCUCGGUGUGCAUGGGGCGGGCAGUGCGCAUGAGGUGCUGUCGUCCCCUCAGCAUUCACAGCGCCCGGGGAACGAGGCGUCCAGCCUGCUGGCGCAUGUUGAGCAGUCUCUCCUCCCACCCGCCUUCCUUCAAUCCCCCUUGGGCCGCCUAUUUCGUUCCGUGGCAGCAACUGACAGCAGCCUGGAGGGGGCAGGCAACGAGCAGCAUGGCAGCACGUGGAGCGGCGGCAGCUGCAGCAGCAGCGUGGGAGGGCAGGGCAGGGAGAGCAGCAAGGGGCUUGUGUGCAUCUCCCCGUGGACCCAGGCCUAUUCGUUCGCAGGCUGCUCUCUUCUCCACCCUGACGCCUUUCUCUCCUCAUCCGCCUCUCUCUCGCGCUUCUUACCACCCGCACCGCCAGCGUUGCCUCUGCCAUGGGAGGCAUCACCGCAGGCACUCCCAACAUGCGCGCUCUCUAGCCCUCCCCUAUCCUCCGCCCCCUCCUCCCCUCCUCCCACCCUGCUGCCUGUCCCUCACCUCCCCUCUCACACGCUGACCACAUCCACCCCUCAACAUCCCCUCCCCCUUCCCCCCUCCUCCCUGCUCGCCCACCUGGACGUCUCGCGCUGCCCGCUGCUGCUGCCCUUGCACCUCCAUGCAUGGGCAUCAGCAUCAGCCCCCCCUCCCCCACUGCGCCGCCUCACCGCGUGCUCCUGCCCCGCCCUGCUCCCCAUCCCCACCCUCCGCGGACUCGCAUCGUCCUGCCCAGAGCUUCAUUCCGUGGAUCUAUCCAUGCCCGAGCCUCCAGUGUUUUGUAGGGGUGUUGUGGGACCACGUGGAGGCGUGGCUGCUGUGCCUUGUGCAAAUGAUGGGGAUUGCGGCAGCAAGGGUGCGGGUAAGAAGGCGCACAAGGCUGUACCCGGUGCCAGCCGGAUGGCUACACGCGAUGAGUUGCAGGCAAAGGACCGCGCUCCUAGUGCAGUGAGUCAGAGUCAAGUACAAGGACGCCAUGGCAGGAGCAGUGCAGGGCAGGGGAGAAGAGGAGCACACAUGACAGAUAACAAGCGGAUGGGUGGAGGUGGGGAGGAAGAGGCGGAGGAGGCGGAAGAGGAGGACUUGAGUGGGGAAGGCAGUGGCAGUGAGGGGGUAAGGGAGACUGCGAGUAUGCUGGUGCCCCUGCACCUGCUGUACAACCCAUGGCGCCUCAAGCAUCUCACGUCUCUCUCGCUGCGCUGGCAGCAGCAGCUCUCAGACGAGCAUCUGAUGGAGUUGGUGCUGGCGUGCCCUGCCCUGGCCCGCCUGGACAUCACAGGGUGCGGCGCCCUCUCAGACCGCGCCAUCGCUGCGCUCAUCACCUCGUACACGCGCGCCCCUCCCACCCCCGCCUGCCGUGCUGCUCGCCCAAGGAAAGCCACACGCCGGCAGAAAGGCAGCCAUCCUUUUCGCUCCGAGAACCCUCCGUCCUCGCCCUUAUGUCGGUCCGCCUAUGACGCCCCCCGCUGCCAUCUGCAGCUGUCCCACGUGUGCGCCGCCCACACUCUCCUCAGCCUCCGCUCCCUGCACGCCCUCUCCUCUGCUCUCAUGGCAGCCGCUGCGGCAAGAGGGGGCACGGAUGGUGAUGAUGAUGAUGACGAGGAGGAUGGGGAGGAGGAAGAGGAAGACGAAGAGGAAGAAGAUGAGGAGGAAGAGGAGGAAGAGGAAGUGGAGGAGGAAGAUGAUGGAGGAAGUGAGGGAGAUGAAGAGCAAGUGAGGGAGAGGAAAAGAGAGGGCCGUGGACACAUUGAUGGCAUCCACUGUGGUCUCAGGAAGCUGCAGCUGGAUGGAUGCCCAGCCCUCCGCCACUCUCUCCCGCUCCUGCAAGUGCUCUCAGCAGCCAGCUCCUCCCUUACUCACCUCUCCCUCUCACACACUCACUCACACGCCCACGCGGGAGAAGCAGCAGCGCACAGGGACAAGGGGAGGGGUGGAGAGAGGAAGGGAGGGGCGAAUAAGGGCGAUGGAUGCCUUAAUGCAGUGGAUGAUGCGUUUGUGGCCAAGUGGCUGGAUGGUGCGCGCACCAUGGAUGCACGUGGCACCCACCACAGCAGUGAGAGCAGCAGCGGCAGCAGGAGCAGUGACGUCAUACGUGUGCUGCCCCACCUGACUCAUCUGAAUGUCUCCGAUGCCCCCCUGUCAGCAUCAGGCAUCAGCGCGCUGUGCAUUGCCGCCCCUCGCCUGCACCAUCUCCUCAUCACCGGAUGUUGCAAACCCACCCCCCCACUCCCCUCCUCCUCCUCCGCCCCCCCCACCACCAUCACCAUCCCCCUUCGCCUCGCCACCCUCCAUGCCUCGUGGGCACUUCCCCUCUCCCUCUCCAUCCCUCCCCCCUCACUCACGCCUCCCGUCGCUCGCUCCUCUGACGGCUCCCCACCACCACCACCACCACGUGCCUUCCCUCUGCGCCACUGCCUGCGUGCGCUGUGCGUGGGCCUGGGUGCCACCAUCUCCGAUGCCUCGCUGCGCGCCAUUGCCGCCCUCUGUCCGCGCCUCACCGCGCUCACACUCACGUUCCAGCCUGUGUCAGAUGACGGAAUUCUGCCCCUCCUCGCCUCCUGUCCCCUCCGCCACCUCGCUCUCCUGCACUGCUGGGGUCCUUUUUCCCCCUUGCUCUUUUCUCCCUCACCCCUCUCCGUGCACAUCUCGCUAUCCCACUCCACCCACCAUGCCCACCACCCCGCGUCUGCCACCCAUGGCACAAGGCCCCUACCCCUCUCAUCGCUCUCCCUCAGCGGCGGCUUUGCCUGGCUCUCCUCGCCGCACCUCCCUCUCCUCGCCGCCGCUGCUCCACUGCUGCGCUCGCUCUCCCUCUCCGCUUGCCCCUCGCUCUCCCAUGACGCCCCACUCAUUCUUGUCAACUCUUUCCCUGCGUUGACCUCACUCACACUCACGGAGUGCCCCAACCUCUUCACCCACUACGCACCCUCAUCCCUCUUCGCCCUCAGCGCCCUCUCCUCCCUGCACGUGCGCCACACGGGCAAGCAAGCCCCUGCCAACUUUAUUCAGCAGGCAGCUGGCCGGCUGCCAGCGCUGCAGCACCUGUCGCUGGACCUGUGUGACGCCGUCACCUCCUCCUUCCACGUGCCACACGAGGGCCGGGAGGACAUGCACGUGAUGGGCAGCAGCCUGCUGGUAGUGAGGCUCUUCAAGUGCCAUGUGCCGCACACACAUGCGCACUCGCUCACCACCCUUGCUUCCUCGGAAGGCAACCCUCAGAAACGAACUCUGGGCACGAAGGAUGUCCUCGUUAUUGUCAGAACCCCCAACGGCAUCUCAACAAGUGUUGAGAAUGUCUCUUGAUGUGCACAUGGCAUUUGUUGGUACUCAAUGGGCCUGUGGGCCGGGGAUGCAGUCAUGGAAGGGGUAGUGAGGAGAAAGCAUGAUCCUGCACUACUGUGCUUGGGCGAUGUGUCAAGCAAUCAUUGACCACUGCGUUCCAGUUAGGCCUGUGUACCAAGCCAAGUGAACAUGAGUUGUUUCAUGUGCUAUGCACU